AUGAAGUUACAAAAACCUAUAGCUAAGCUGUCGCACGAGAAACGGUAUUGGAAAUAUCGUGACACCGUAUUGGCUUCGGACUAUAAGUUCGAGAUCGAAGACGAUUGUAAGAAGGCUGUGGACUUGUAUACAUACUAUACUUCAGCCAUACACAAGUAUAGAAUGACACUCGCAAUAGACAGUUCUGAAGAGGCAGUAAGAACACCUAACCAAUACGAGAGCGACUAUAAGAUAGCUCAAGAAGCGCUUAAGAAGUAUCAGGCGCAUUACGACGAAUUUGUAAGAGUUCGAAAAAACGACGAGGCGCCAAUGCACACCAAACUAGAGAAGAUUACGACUGAGUCUAAGGACGGCGGGAAAGAUUUAAUCGACUGGACGAGUACUAGUAAUGCCCUCGACGACCUCAAGACCGCACAUGACUUAUGGUUAAACAGUCGCUACAAGCAGGCAGCGUAUACAGACGUGUUGCUAAUAUCCAUAAAUCCGAAGUCUGACGCAUACAAGCGCCUCAACAUAAACAAGGAAUACCUUUGGGAAUUGGCUACAAAGGACUGGAAUGUAUGGGCAGACGCAGUAGUGAUAGUGGCUUGCCUGACACCAGUACCCCCAUUUCUUGACAUGUUGAUUGCUGAACCGGCACCUAGUACUACCGUACAUAACUAUGCAAAGGUACAGGAUAUGUUACAUAAGUUCAAGGCAGGAACGGAUAGUGACUAUAUCAGUUUGGACUUGUUGAUUAUAGUCGCCACACAUCAUCACCUGAAGCCUGAUGACCAGAAACGUGUGUAG